UCUGAAAGGGCGAUCAUGCCGGUGGCAUAUUCCUAACUUUGCAAGCAGUGUUUCUUGCCGCAUCUACCUUGUCGACUAUUAUUUACAUAAAGUGCAGCAAGAUGAAUCUCAAUUUCCAUUGCAUCUUUGCAUACCACCGGCACUCGUCCAAUCAGCAAUGUCUUCAGCAGUCCCUACCGUCUCGAGAACGAUGCAUCCAUAUCACUGAUAACACCCAACAAUGUCAGUGUCCAUGGUUCGUCUCAAUUCUGUUAGACCCGUACAUCUGUGGCCAGUGCGGACACGGUAUUCACGCCCAUGUCGACUACGUUUCGAUGGUCGUGAAUCAUUAUCCCCCGACUCAGUGUGCUGCGUAUGUCCAAAAGACGCCUCUUGCACAACGUUGCACAUGUGAAGCUCAGCUUUGCGAUCACGUCGCCAUCAAUAACCUGUUUCGUCAUGCGGAUCCGUCGAGCGUGUUGGACAAUUUCGCGGGAAAUAAUGACACUUCUUAUAGUGUCGACGCGAUCAGCUUUUCCAACGACCUUCGUCAACAGUACAUUCACGCCGUUCGUCAAUUCCGAUGCCAAUACCGACACCUUUUCUCGCGACGCAAACCUCACCCCCGAUCAAUACUGCGCCUAUUUUCUCCCCUGGCCCUUACAAUGAUGCAGGCAACAUUCCACUCGCUCCAUACAUACCCUCUCCUUCGACCAGUCACACCCCAUCCGGUAUUCAAUCGGAUGUCGCUCAGGUCCAAGCUUAUAGCUCAGACCAUUACUUUGUUCAAUACGCAGGCCAUUUCAUGGACCAUCCCUAUGCUCAUCAGCCAGACGGUGGUGCGACGGGUGAGAAUUUCGAUCAUCAGUAUCGUUCCCCAAAUGCGAAUGGUGCGACACCUGAGGCCAGGUCGGGCUCGUACAUCUAGUCCAUGACCGUGAUAGCUUCCUAGAUGUUUCUUUCAUUCUCUGGAUCCUCGGCUCGCCCACUCCCAGUUCGCGUACUCAUCCCCUUCCUAUCUGGGCAUCGACGCGCAUCCAUGACAACAUCCAAAAAAUCCCUCA